UUCUUCUUUUCUUUUCUUUUUCGUUAAAAAUCUCACUCACUUUCUUUUCUUCUGUCACAUAAAUGAAAAGAUGUAAAAUAAAUAAACCACUUUCCUUCCUCGCCUCAAAUGCAGUUCGCGGUUCAAAUUCAAAAGCCCCUCUUUGUCUACCCGCUUCUGUAAUAAAAUAAAAUAGAAAAACCUUUGGAAUCGUUAUUCAAUCACUCCGUUGAGUAUGGUUUUCUGAAUCGCAGCAAUGGAAACAGCGCUCACUUGCUUCUUCUGUAGUCGAAUCCCAGCGAAAGCGAAAUUGGGGGCUGCAAGUGAGCACUUCCGUUGCAAUGCCUCUGGACACGUGUCCUUUUCUUCCAUUGGCUCAUUCUGCGGUAACAUUGCGUAUACCAUGUCCAUGUGCUCUUUGUCCCCUUCGUUUGUAACCCACAGGCACAGGCUCAGGCUCAUUCGAAGUGAAACUAAGCUUCGCAGUAACACCAAAAGUAGAAGUGGUAGAAGAAGAAGUGGUUUUAAUAAAAGUGGGUCUUCUCAGUCUGAGGCAGUGAGCAAUCCCAGUGAGAACAGCGUGGAAGGGGGUAGUGGUAUCCAUCAGAAUGGAGACCCUAUUGGGAAGAGGGAACUGGGUAAGAGUGUGAUGAGGUGGAUUCGUGAUAGCAUGAGGGCUAUGGCAUCUGAUUUUGCUUCAGCAGAGUUACAGGGAGAGUUGGAGUUCUCAGAGCUGAAGCAGCGCAUGGGGCCAGGUCUCACUUUUAUCAUCCAGGCUCAGCCAUAUCUGAAUGCGGUUCCUAUGCCCCUUGGUCUUGAAGUUAUCUGCUUCAAGGCCUGCACCCACUAUCCCACUCUCUUCGACCAUUUCCAGAGGGAGCUUCGUGAUGUUCUUCAAGACCUGCAGACUAAGUCCUUGAUUCAGGACUGGCGACACACUGAGUCUUGGAAACUGUUUAAGGAGCUCGCCAAUUCAGCUCAGCAUAGGGCGGUUGCGAGAAAAAUAACGCAGCCCAAGGCUGUUCAUGGCGUUUUGGGAAUGGAUGUAGAAAAGGUGAAAGCAAUGCAGCACAGGAUUGAUGAAUUUACCAACCGCAUGUCAGAACUACUUCGUAUUGAAAGGGAUGCUGAAUUGGAGUUUACUCAGGAGGAGUUGGAUGCUGUUCCUAAACCUGAUGAUGCUUCUGAUUCUUCAAAACCGAUUGAUUUCUUGGUUAGCCAUAGCCAGUCUCAGCAAGAACUCUGUGACACCAUUUGUAAUUUAAAUGCCAUCAGUACCUCUACAGGUCUGGGUGGAAUGCAUUUGGUGUUGUUCAAGGUCGAAGGGAACCACCGGUUACCACCUACCACACUUUCACCUGGAGACAUGGUUUGUGUGAGAACAUGUGACAGCAAGGGUGCAAUUACAACUUCUUGCAUGCAAGGAUUUGUGAACAGUCUUGGGGAUGAUGGCUAUAGUAUUACAGUUGCUUUAGAGUCACGCCAUGGUGAUCCUACAUUCUCUAAACUAUUUGGGAAGAGUGUGCGCAUUGACCGUAUUCAAGGACUGGCUGAUACACUAACGUAUGAGCGCAAUUGUGAAGCCCUGAUGCUGCUUCGGAAGAAUGGUUUACGAAAGAAGAAUCCUUCAAUUUCUGUUGUUGCUACACUGUUUGGAGAUGGGGAAGAUGUUGCGUGGCUUGAGAAGAAUUAUUUGGCCGAAUGGGCUGAAGAAAAUUUGGACGGAAUAUUAGGAAGUGAAACUGUAGAUGAUUCUCAGCGUAGAGCAAUUGCACUAGGUUUGAAUAAAAAGAGGCCUGUAUUGGUUAUCCAAGGGCCUCCUGGUACAGGUAAGACUGGUUUGCUCAAGCAACUUAUAGCAUGUGCUGUUCAGCAAGGUGAAAGGAUUCUGGUUACAGCACCAACUAAUGCAGCUGUUGAUAACAUGGUUGAAAAGCUUUCAAGUGUCGGAUUAAAUAUCGUGCGGGUUGGAAAUCCAGCUCGUAUAUCAAAGACAGUGGGAUCAAAGUCUUUGGGAAAAAUUGUAAAUGCUAAGCUUGCAAGCUUUCGAGAAGAAUAUGAGAGGAAGAAGUCAGAUCUAAGGAAAGAUCUAAGACAUUGUUUAAGGGAUGAUUCACUGGCUGCGGGUAUACGCCAACUUCUUAAACAGCUGAGUAGGUCACUGAAGAAAAAGGAAAAGCAUACCAUUAAUGAAGUCCUCUCUAGUGCUCAGGUUGUGCUUGCCACUAAUACUGGAGCAGCUGACCCUUUGAUUCGAAGGCUAGAUACUUUUGACUUGGUUGUCAUAGAUGAAGCCGGACAGGCAAUUGAACCCGCAUGCUGGAUUCCUAUAUUGCAGGGAAAGCGCUGUAUUCUUGCUGGUGAUCAAUGCCAACUUGCUCCUGUCAUAUUAUCUAGAAAGGCCUUAGAAGGUGGUCUUGGAAUAUCUCUACUGGAGAGAGCUACAACUUUGCAUGAAGGGAUUCUCACCACCAGGUUAACAACACAGUACCGUAUGAAUGAUGCAAUUGCUAGUUGGGCUUCAAAGGAGAUGUAUGGUGGAUUAUUGAAGUCCUCUGAGACUGUCUUUUCUCAUCUUCUUGUAGAUUCUCCUUUUGUUAAGCGUACUUGGAUAACGCAGUGCCCACUGCUAUUGCUUGAUACUAGAAUGCCAUAUGGAAGUCUGUCGGUUGGUUGCGAAGAGCAUCUAGACCCAGCUGGAACAGGUUCAUUUUAUAAUGAAGGAGAAGCUGAUAUAGUUUUGCAGCAUGUCUUUUCCUUAAUUUAUGCUGGUGUUAGCCCAACUGCUAUUGCAGUGCAAUCCCCUUAUGUUGCUCAAGUACAACUUUUGAGGGACAAGCUUGAUGAGUUUCCAGAAGCUGCAGGUACUGAGGUUGCAACCAUUGAUAGUUUUCAAGGUCGAGAAGCUGAUGCUGUAAUUUUAUCCAUGGUACGAUCAAACACGAUGGGAGCUGUUGGAUUCCUUGGGGAUAGCAGAAGAAUCAAUGUUGCCAUCACGAGAGCACGCAAACAUUUAGCUGUGGUCUGUGACAGCUCAACUAUAUGCCACAAUACCUUCUUAGCAAGACUUCUGCGUCAUAUAAGACAUUUCGGUAGGGUGAAGCAUGCAGAACCAGGUAGUUUUGGAGGGUAUGGACUCGGGAUGAAUCCCAUUUUACCUUCCAUUAAUUAGUGUGCAACAUUUGCAUGAAACAUAUUUUUCUCUUUGGGGUGGGGGCGGGGGGAUUGGAGGGGAUUCAUAGGUUUUUUUUUUUUUUUUUCGUGGUCAAAACUUGUAUAGUUGUAUAGCAAUUCAAAAAUUCAAGAUUUGUAGGUCCUAUUAAGUACAACUCAUGCAUGAAAAUAAUGGAACAAAAGUUCAUUGAACCCUCCAAAUUUGGAUGUAAUGAUGUAUAUUAAAUAUUGUUUCAAUGAAUUGCAAAUCACAAUUGCCAAUUGCCAGGGUAUACAUUAUUUUAUGGGAAGUAGGGAUGUUCAUUAUUGACUUUGACAAACCCGAUAAUUCAAAUCAAGUCGAUUCAAUUAAAAUUAAUACGAAAUAGUUUGAUUAAUUAACUUAUUUUCCCUUAAAACUUAAUUAAAUUAGUAAACAGAUUAAUAUUUGGACUUCAUCUUUUAACCUGAACUAGUCACAGGAUCAAGUUUUUUAAAAAAUAAAUAAAUUUAUACAUUUUAGACUACAGUGUUUAUCUAUUAUAUGCUUUUAUCCAUUUUUUCAUUCAUUAUAACCUUAAUUGUCUAGCGUUAUUACGCACUUGAAUUAAGAAUUAAUUAUAAAAUAUUUAUCGCAUCAAACAAAAGUUUAAUAAUCUUUUUCUUUCUCAAUAAAAUCUAAUCACUUUUAGAUGUUUAAAAUAAAACAUAAGGAUUGAUAUUAACAAAAUUGUACAAAAUUUAAUAUAAAAGGUAACGAAUUUUUCAUGCACUCGAUGGAUAAGAAAUGAAAGUAAGAAACAAUAAUUGUGAAGUUAUACUAGUUGAGUAAUAAAAUUUAGUGUUAUAAAAAUCGGCUUAGACCAGCCGGUCAAACCAAUUAAGCCAGAAACUGAAUGUCAUUUUCAGCAUGACGCUGGUCUUCAUCCAUUUUUGUUGCAAGAUGUCGUUGCUGGAAGAAGAUGAAACUUUGAGGAAACAAAGGAGAGAGGAUUUCUCUGUGUGAAACGAAUAUGGAAGAGAGAAAGCAGAGAGAAAAGUGAUUUGCCUAACCAUUUCCGAGAGUCUAAUUAUGUACAAAUAAGAUAUUAGCAAUAACGACACCCUUAAAAAUGAUUAUCCUAUUUAAUUGUAUAAAAAUUAAAGCAUUUAUUUUAUUCCUAAAAAUUUGAUAUUUAUUGUUUGUGAGAAAGGUUAUUUUUUUAAAAAUAAUAAGUCUUAUAAAAUAUUUUAUCUUUCAUCAUUUUCUAAAAUUAAAGAGAAAAAAAUACAAGAAUUUUACCAAAUAAAUAUAGAUUUAUAGAUGAAUUUUUAAAAAGUUAUAAACAAAUUUUAAUAUUAUAAACAAAUUUAUAAAUAGGUAAGACUCGUUUCUUUUUUUCUUAUUUGUAAGUCAUACAAACAGAUUUUUAUGCUCGUAUAUAAUUUAUAAACAAUUUUAUUAACAACUUUUACUAUUUAAAAAGUUACAUAAAGAUAUAUCUAUUUGUAAAUUAUUAAAAAAAAAAGCCUAAAUUUUUAAAAUUUAAAUGAAUUUUAUUGUUUGUAAAUUUAUAGAAAGAUUUGGCCAUGUGUAAUUAACAAAAAUUUAUUUGUAAUUUUUUAUUUUUUUGUCUAUUAUUUGUACUUAUAUAAUUAUUACUCCUUGUUGCUAAUUAUCAUAACCAUUGGUAGGAAAGUUAUGAAAUGUAUUAAAAUUUAAAAAAUAAUUACAAAAUUAUAAAUUAAAAUAUCAUUAUAAUAAUAAAAGUAAACAUCUAAAAUGAUAAUAUGAAAAUAAAAUAACAAAGUUCGAAACAAUACAAAAGUAAUCACGAGUACCUGAUGUCAUCAAUAUGAUCAUUGGUACAAGUCGUCAGCAUCAUCAUCAUCAUAGAUAGAGGAUGAAUGUCACAUCACUCCAAAAACUGGUAGUGUUAGAGCUAGUAGGAGAGGAGUGGAUCUAUUCGCUCUCAUAAGUUCAAAGUAUACAUGCAUCUGUUGCAUCUACAUAUACUAUUGUUGCACCACCCUUUACAUCUUCAAUGCCACCUUUUUCUUAGCAUUCUUUUCUCCUUAUUCUUUUACAUCUCUUUAUUUUGCUUUUAUGGCUCUUCAUUUAGGGCAUGGACUUUAGUGCCAUGUCCUUUACCUCCUCAACAAACUCUAGGGCUUUUAUAAAGGUCGCCCACCGUUUAUGACCAUAUAUCGUCCUCAUCAACAAACUCUAGGUCCUCAAUAGAUGCAACCUCCAGCCUCUGAACAUAGUUAGCCUACAAUUUAGUGCAAAUAAUUAUAUAUUAGGCUCAAAAAAUAUUUUUUAAACUUUUAAUCAAAAAAUAUAAUGUGAGUAACUAUACUUACAUAUGUUGCUUAAGAUCAUGAAUCAACCCCCACAAUUUUGUCUCCCUUGCAAGUGCAUUUCUCCUUGAACACUUCUCUAUAUGUAAGUGGUCUCUUUAGCAACUUCUCCUGCAAUUCCAAUUAAUAAACCUCUCAAAGAUAAAUUGAAUAAUAAAAAUUUAAAACAAAAUAAAAAAAUCAUUAACCAAGUUAGCCUUAGUGUUGGCCAAAAUAAUAGAGCCACCAAAAUGUAGUAGGCCACCUUUAUUGGAUGCCCUAUUUGUCUUGUUAUUUAUGAUGAAAUUUUGAAACUUAGUUGUAUGUCAAUAUUCCUUCCUAUAAGACAUGAAGGAAGUGAGAUACUAUCUAAUUUAUAGAUGACGAAUCCUGACAGCCUCAAUGUACAUUUGUCUUAAUCAAUUUGUAGUUUGACUCUCUCAAGCCUUGAAAAUUUUCUUCUUGUCCUGGCAGGAAUAGAGAAGUGGUUCUACAUAAAUAGAAAUUAAUUAAUACAGGUAAAAAAAGUUAGAGAUCUAAUUAUACUUAAAAUAAAUCAAUUAACUUUUAUUAACUUUCAAUCAUUGUACCACUCCAAUCAAAACUGGUAUAAGGCGCAUCAUACAUCUUUUUAAUGGUAUUCAUGACCUAGUCCUUCUGCGGUGGAUACCAACUAAACACAUAAUAAAGAUAUAUUAUAUAGUGGAUAAUGACAACAUAAAAUAAGACAAUUAUGUUAACAUUCACAUGAAAUAAAUUUUUGCGUCAUAUUUGGUAAAUAUCUUCUUAUCAAGUGGAUCCAUCCCAUCUCAAACUUGGAAGUGUUCUCGAGGGUGUCUGGGUUUGUGAUUAGUGCCCAGAGGAAG